AUGGUUGAUGUUAUCUUGAAUCCAUGGAUCGGUAACACCUUAGAAGUAUAUAUCGAUAAUAUGCUCGUCAAAAGCAAGCUGCGCAAGGAUCACCAUCAAGAUCUGAGGGAUAUCUUUGAAGCAAUAAGGAAACACCAUAUGAAAGUAAACCCAGAAAUAUGCACAUUCGGUGUCACCUCAGGGAAAUUUCUUGGGUAUCUAGUAACGAAGAGGGGCAUCGAAGUAGAUCCUGCGAAGAUCCAGGCCAUCGUAGAAAUGUCGUCCCCGAAGAACCUAAAAGAAGUCCAAAAUCUCAAAGGAUCCUUAACAGCUCUGGCACCAUUGGAGGAAGUUCUCAAAAGCGCUGGGAAAGUAGGAAGGAUAGCAAAGUGGAACACCCACCUUGAUCAGUUCAACAUUAUCCAUGAAAUCCAACACUCCCAAAAAUCGCAAGUCUUGGAGGACUUCCUAGCAGAUCUACCCCUUGACAACCACGAAGAAGUGAGGGGCAUACUAGAAGUAAAUGAAGGAAAAUACCCAGUCGAUAUUCUCGAUCCCUCAAAUCAAAGACGAUGGGAGGUUUUCGUUGACGUACCGAAGAAUACGGAAGGUGCGGGCAUAAGCAUCGUAAUCACCACCCCAACUGGAGAAAGGAUCGUGCAUGCGUUGAGGUUGGAAUUCAAAGGGAAUACCAAUAACAUCGUCGAAUACGAAGUUGUGGUACACGCUCUUCGUUUGAUAAUAGAAAUGGGAAUAACCGAUGUGCGACUCACAAGCGAUUCGCAACUGGUCAUACGACAAAUAGGGUUAGAAUACAAUGUCUACGAUGAGACCCUUUCAGCAUACAUGGAUUUGGCCCAGACUCUAGCAUCCCAAAUACCAACUAUCAAAUUCCGACACUUAGGCAGAAAGGAACUCAGGCACGCUGACGCUUUAGCUUAUAUAUCAUCCAUGCUGAGAUACGAAGGUAUCAAGGCAAUCAAGAUAACUAGAGUAUAUGAACCCUCAGUCAUCCCUCAGAAAUCCUUUGCUGCAAAUCGUAAAGACGACGUAGGGGAGGAUAUCGCUGACAAUGAUGUAGGAGAAGACAUAGCUGAUGACUUUCACGAAGAUGAUAUCAUGACAAGAGCCAACGAAGACAAAUACUUCAAGAACGAAGAAGAUUGGAGAACCGAAUUUCACCUUUUCCUCAAAGAAGGGACGCUGCCUGCGGACUUCAAACAAGCUAGGAAGGUGCAGUCGAAGGUAGGAAGGUAUAACCUGCGGGAUGGAAUCUCAUGUAAAAAGUCUUUCCUUGGACCAUUGUUACACUGCCUGUCAAGAGAAGAAGGACAUCGGGUGUUGAAAGACAUAUACUACGGAGAUGCGGGAAACCACAGCGGAAUGAGAUCGUUAGCAGAUAAGGCAAAAAUGCAGGGGUAUUACUGGCCAACAAUGAUACGAGAUGCUGCGAGAAUGUCAAGGAGAUGUGAGGAAUGCCGACGCUUUGCCAAAAGAAUCCAUGCACCUGCAACAAAGCUGAAUUCGGUGGAUAGUCCAUGGCCUUUCUCAAAGUCGGGCAUAGAUAUCGUGGGACUCCUGAUCGAAGGAUCGGGGAAAAUACGAUUCUUUAUAGUAGACACAUAUUAUUUUAGUAAAUGGGUAGAAGCCAAGGCCCUAUCAAGAAUCCACGACUCGGAUGUUUUCACGUUCAUCUUCCAAAACAUUAUUUGCAGGUUCGGCAUCCCGGAGAUUGUCUCCGACAACUGCAAGCAGCUGCAAGGGAAGAACAUCUACAUGCUCUUUGAUACCUUCAAGAUCAGAAAGAACAAAUCGACCCCCAUAUAUCCUCAAAGAAAUGGCAAAGCGGAAGCCACGAACAAGACCCUUGCCAUCAUACUCAAAAAGCAGUUGGACUAA